AUGUUCCCAUCCUUUAGAUUAGCCGCAAGACCACAAUUGUUUUCCCGUGGAUUCAAGACCUCUGCCCCAAGAUUUGUCGCAGUUGGAGACUCGAUUCCAAAAGCUACGUUGUUUGAAAACUCGCCGGGUUCUGCCAUUGACAUUGGUGAGGAAACCGCUAAGGGUAAGUCCAUCAUCUUGGGUAUUCCAGGGGCAUUCUCUCCUGCUUGCAGUAACCAAAUCCCUGCCUACAUUAAGAACAUUCGUGCUUUCAAUGAAAAAGGUUAUACGAAGUUAUUUGUUGUCACGGUCAAUGACGCUUUUGUUACCAAGGCAUUCGGUGACUCUUUGAUCCAAAACCAAGUUGGUAGUGAUCAAAUCAGAUUUUUCGCCGAUCCAAAAGGUGACUUUGUCAAAGAACUUGAUUUGUCCUUUGAUGCUUCAAAAUUCUUCGGGAACGCCAGAUCUAAGAGAUUCGCCCUUUUGGUCGAAGACGGUAAAGUCUCCAAGACCUUUGUUGAACCGGACAAUGUCAGUGUUGAUGUCAGUGAUGUUUCCAAAGUCUUGGACCAAGCUUAG